GGGAAGCAGUGUCCCGUCGUUUCACAAACAGUUCACGAGAACCCGUGAGUAGGUGUCGGAGGGGAAAUAACGCUCUAAAUAAUGACGUUUGACCGUCAGUUUACCGUGCUGAGUUUUUAAGAUACGCCUUUUAAAGCUCGACGUUCAGGUUUAACAUGGUGUAAUUCCCGGAAGGCCUUCAGACAAAGUGAUAUGUUUGAUGGGGUGAUCUGGCCUAAGAUGUCAAAAAGAGGAUGGUCCAAGUUCCUCAGGCAGGGAUCAUUUCCAGGCCCAAGUGCAGCUCCUCAGACUCCAGGCAUCCAUGUUUACCUUCUCUGGAGCAAAGAAGGGGAGAAAUACUUGUCUCAUACAGGUGGAGAUGUGACAGCAGAGGAGCUGUGCAUCUCAGCUGCAGAGGCUGUAGGGAUAACUCCACUGUGCCAUGUGCUAUUUGCCUUAUAUAACCCCCAAACAUGUUGCUGGUACAGUCCAAAUCACAUUUUUAGUCCACAAGAGAACACCAGCCUAGUGCUUUGCUACUGUAUGAGGUUUUACUUUCGGAAUUGGCAUGGACUGAAUGACAAAGAGCCGACUGUGUCCCGUUAUGGUCUCAAAUCUGGGACAACUCAGGCGGGUUCACCUCUGCUUGAAAUCUCAUCAUUGGAGUACUUGUUUGCCCAGGCUAAACAUGAAUUUGUAAAUGAGCUAAUACAAAUGGAGGACAUUGAGUCAGAAGAGGAACUAAGUCGCUUUAAAAAUGAGAGCUUAGGAAUGGCUGUACUUCACCUCUCACACCUUGCAAUAGAGAGAGGUUCUACCUUACAGGAAGUUGCUGGAAAAAUAAGCUUCCUAAACUGCAUUCCAAGAUCUUUUGCCAAACACAUUUCCAGAGACAACUUUCUAACAAAAAUCAGGAUCCGAAGGGUGUUUGCAGAAUUUGUGCGGACCUUCCAGCAGCACACUGUGGAUAAGGGGCAACUGGGUGCCCAGGAGAUCAUGUAUAAGUACAUCUCCACUCUCGAACACCUGACUCCACGUUUUGGCACAGAGACUUUUUUUGCAGCUCACCUGGAACUGAGGGAGGAUGAAAGCAACACAUAUUCCAGCAGCACCCAUGGCGAGGGUGUCUCAAAAGAUGACUUCGUAACUCCUGUCACAGGCGAAAUAAUGGUGUCUGGCACCAAGGGGAUUCAGUGGAGGAAGGUGCACAUUCAGAAGGCACAAGCAAACUCUUACCUUAGGAAUGACUACCUGAACUACGUGAAGAAAACAAAACAACAGUCCAGUCAACCAGCUGAGGACACUCCCAAUAAAUGGAUCCCCUUCUGUGAUUUCCCUGAAAUAACUCACGUAGCUGUUACAGAAGCUAAUGUGUGCAUUAGCACUCAGGGCAAUCAGUGCAUGGAGGUACAGAUGAACUCCAGCCAGGAGGCCCGUUCCUUCAUCUCCCUCCUAGAUGGAUACUACCGACUGACUGCAGACGCCUACCACUAUCUUUGUCAAGAAGUGGCUCCCCCACGGGUACUCCUGAGUGAAGCAAAUCUAUUGCAUGGACCUAUGCAUGAUGAUUUUGUGAUACACAAGCUGAAAAAGGAGGCAACAGAUGAGGGAACUUUCCUUGUUCGUUGGAGUGCCCUUGACUAUCACCGCGUCAUCCUGGCUGUGCUAAACAGAAAUGAAAAUGGAUCUGCACCGAGCCACAAGCAGUUUCGUAUCCAGCAGAAGGGUUCAAUGUUCUGCAUGGAGGGAUGGGACCGAGAAUUCUCCAGCGUGAAAAAACUCAUAGAGAGCCUCAAAUCCUUUGUGCUCAAGUCGGGUUCAGACAGCUUCAUCGUUAAAAAAUGCUGUUUGCCAAGACAAGCAGAGAUCUCCAAUCUUCUGGUGAGAAGACAGGGUGCCGAUCACCACACUUUCUUUGACUCCUUGCCUUCGAACCCGACUGAGGUGCUGCGCUUCUAUCCGAUCAAGGGCAAAGAGAUCCUACAGGAGCAGCACUUGGGCCGUGGCACCAGAACUAACAUCUACUCAGGACGUCUGAUGCGUGAAGUAGAAGACGAUGAUGAAGAUGAUUUUGAGUUCAACAACAACUUUGAUAACCGCACAGGCAUCCAAGUGGUUCUCAAGAUUUUAGACCAAAGCCAUGAAGACAUAACUUUGGCAUUUUUUGAAAUCGCAAGUCUCAUGAGCCAGGUAUCCCACAGUCACCUGGUGUUUGUACAUGGCAUGUUUGUGAAGGGAUCUGAAAACAUCUUGGUAGAAGAAUAUGUGGAGUUUGGGCCUUUGGAUGUUUUCCUUCACAAAGAAAAGGACGCUGUGAAUGCUCAGUGGAAAUUAAUUGUUGCCAAACAACUUGCCAGUGCCCUCAGUUAUCUUGAAACUAAACGAUUGGUUCAUGGAAACGUCUGUGCCAAGAACAUUUUGGUAGCAAGGCGGGGCCUAGAAUAUGGCACUACUCCUUUUGUCAAGCUGAGUGAUCCAGGAAUUGCCCUGAAUGUCCUCACACGAGAAGAACGUUUGGAGCGUAUCCCAUGGAUUGCCCCUGAGUGUGUUGACAGCAGUGCACCUAUUGGUAAUGCUGCUGACCAGUGGAGCUUUGGUGUCACAUUGCUUGAAAUCUGCAACAAUGGUGAUCUUCCCAUGAGUGGCAGCACAUUGUCUGAAAAAGAGCGCUUUUAUCAGCAAAAGGGCCGCCUGGCUGAGCCGACUUCUGAGGAGCUGGCCAAGUUCAUCAGCACAUGUCUGAGCUAUGAGCCUGAGGAGAGGCCCUCGUUCCGCACCGUGCUCAGAGAGCUCACAGAAAUCAUGACAAAAAAUCCUAAUAUAGCUCCCAGUGACCCUUUCUCAAUAUCAGACCCCAGUGUGUUCGAUAAACGCUACCUGAAAAAGUUGCGGAUGUUGGGAGAGGGCCACUUUGGAAAGGUGACGCUCUGCAUGUACGAUCCAGACAAUGACGGGACAGGAGAGCUUGUGGCCAUGAAGACUUUGAAACAAGAGAAUGGUCAUGUGCCUGAGGGCUGGAAGAAGGAGAUUGACAUCCUGAAGUCCCUCUAUCACUGCAACAUUGUCAAGUACAAAGGGUCUUGUACUGAAAGGGGAAGGCAAGAGGUACAGCUAAUAAUGGAGUACCUUCCCCUGAGGAGUCUGCGAGAGUAUCUUCCCAAAAAUAAACCUGGUGUGGCUCAGUGCCUCAUGUUCACUCAGCAGAUCUGUCAGGGGAUGGAGUACUUGCACUCAAAGCGCUAUGUGCAUCGCGAUCUAGCUGCACGUAAUGUCUUGGUGGAAAAUGAUAGCUUGGUAAAGAUUGGAGACUUUGGCCUGACAAAAUACAUCCCUGAAGGAGAGAUUUACUACCGUGUUCGUGAGGAUGGAGACAGCCCAGUGUACUGGUAUGCCAUUGAGUGCUUGAGGGAGAGCAAAUUUUCUUUUGCCUCUGACAUAUGGUCCUUUGGAGUUACAUUGUAUGAGAUCCUGACCCGCUGCGACAAUCGCCAGAGCCCUCCAGUGAAAUUCUUGGAAAUGGAGCCAGCCCAAGGGCAGAUGACCGUGGUGAUACUCAUUAAACUGUUGGAGAGAGGUCUGAGGUUACCUUGUCCCAGAGAGUGCCCACAUGAGGUGAAGUUGAUAAUGGACCAGUGUUGGGAUGUUGAUCCUGAAAAACGGCCAUCGUUCAAAGAGCUCAUCGAGAAGUUUGAGGCUAUACGCAAAACCUAUGACUGGCAAUUUAACGCAAACUUCUCUAUGUCUAAGAUUUGCUGAUUAGUCUUGGUGAAGACACACCAAUGACUACAUGUCAUUACUUUGAUGAGAAUGUAACAUAAGGUAGCCAGUAGUCUCUUUUAUCCAUACUGCAUAUAUUGCCAGAGAUGUCUUUAUAAAUGUUUAAUGAUAAAAGCACACUCGUAUCCUCUAAUAUAAAGGAAUCUCUAACUAUAACUGUAUUAUUAUUUUGUUAUUUUCUCCCGAGUUGAACUUCUUAUAGUACAAUGAAGGCUUGGGAUAAUCAGGUUUUUUUUUAAGUUGUAUAGAGCUUUAUAUAUCACAGUAAGUAUAACUAGUUUCUGUAAGGUGUGGAAAUAUGUCUUUGGUUUUGUUGAAUUUCUGUUCUUUUUUAUGUACGUUAACCUUGCAUGGAGAAUUUUAAAUGUAAGAACAGAUUCAAAAUCUAAUAAAUCUAAUCCCACCUUCUCUGUUA